AUGCUCCUGCCGCUUCUGGUGUCUCUUCUGACCGUGGCGAACGCUCGAGUGCAGACCGUGAACGGUAAAAUAAAACUGGAAAUCGGCGUGACGUCGCGAUGUGGUGACGCGCACAACUUUAUAAACGCUUUCGCGCCCGUGUACGAGAAAUACGAACGAUUCUUGGACGUGGAGUUCGUGCCCUGGGCGAGGACGCAGCGCGGCGAGACCGAGCUGCGAUGCCAAUUCGGAGUCGAGGACUGCUGGGCCAACCGCGUCCAGCGUUGCGUUCUCGACGCUCUACCGGACCGACGAUCGGCCGUCGAGUACAUGCUCUGCGAGUUCACGCGGCCUCUGCCCGCCUACUCGGGAUCGUACUCUUGCGCCCGGGCGAUGGGUCUGCGCCUCGUCGACGUGGACUACUGCGUCUCGACCACCGGAGAGGACCUAGACAGACGGUUCGAGGCUAAAGCGACGGAGCCCAUGCGGAUCGUCGGCUUCGUGCCCUACAUCGUCGUGAACGGCGUGGCGGACUUCGCUCUGUCCGAGUCGGUGCGUCUGGGGGCCGAAGGGGUGAUCUGUGCGGCGCUCGGCGACGAUCCCUCUACGGGUGUCGAUCCGGCGGACUGCCCUAACUGA